CACGCAUGCGCCAUCUAGCGGAAACGUCAUCGUUAAACAAAAUGAAUUCCCAAACAGAAAGUUAACAAAACUAGCAAUAACCGAAGAUGGAAGAAGAAAACAGGGAUCAGAAAGUUAAAGCAGCAAAGGAAAAAUUGGCACAAUUUCAGCGUAAGAAAAGAAAGAAAAAAACAUGUCAUGAUGAAAACAACAGCUCAUCUGCACAAGUAGCCCUACAGGCAACAACAACUUCCCCACCUGAAGAUUCAUUCUCGGAUCCACAACUUUUCAUGGAUGGUGAUUCAUUGACUAUUAGUAGCUGUAGUGAAGAUGACACAGAUUCUGGACAGGAAUUGUCAACUCAAGCUCAGCUACGUUUGAAAUCCAAGUUACAGGAGAGAUCUCAGAGGGUGGAAGAACUGGAAGAGUCAUUGGUUGGUAAACAGCUUGCUCUUGAUAAAGUCAUCAAAGAGAAUGAGAAAUUGAAAACUUUGAUUCACCAUGUUGAUCACAAUGAGCAGUCAGAUGCAAAUCACAACCCUGUUGGGAAUAUGGCUGAAAAUCAGAACCAGUCCUGCUGUACAAAUGGUGCUGUUGAGAGCCAGUCUAGAGAAACUUGUUCCCAUACAAGCUCAGAGAGUGAAGCUGGUACCCAGGAAUUCACUAUCUCAGAUGUGCAAGAAUUAAUGCAUCAUCUACAGUGGCUGCAGCUACAACUUAAACAGGCUAACAAUACCUUACAAAUGCAGAAUGAGAAACAAAAAGAAACUGCAGGUGCUCUUUGUCGUGCCAAAGAAGAGAUAAAUUUACUCCAAAACAGUAUUAUACAUAAAGAUAAACUGCUGAAUGAACUUGUUGAAAAAAUGAAAUUAGUAACUACAGAGUAUGGAUUGCUGAAACAAAACUAUGCAUGUAUGUCUGAAAGCAGUAAUGAAAAUUUAGCGAAAGAAGUUGAAAAAGAAAAGAAGAUGAGAGCAGAAAUAGAAAAUGCACUGAAAUCUGAGCUUGAAGGAGUCAAAUCUGAGCACGAAUGCAAAAUCCAAGAACUCGUUGAAAGUCAUAAGGAAAGACUAGCAAUGGUAACUGAAGAGUAUGAGUUAAAAAUUAAAGAUCUUGAAUCACAAUUGAUAGAGAUAAGAACGAAAAACAAAGAAAAUGAGAUAAGCUUGGAGAAAAUGACCAAUGAGAAUACUGGUUUGCAAUCUUAUUGUGAUACAUUGACAAAAGGUUUAGAAUUUCUAAAAGAAGAGCAUGAGAAAGCUGUGAGUGAACUUAAUGAAUUGUCUGGAGGGUGUAAGAUCUUGAAAUCAGAGUAUGAUAAUCUUGUUGAGGAGAAAGGAUUAAGUGAGCUACAGGUAGAAUCAUUGACAGCUGAACUUGACCAUGUGAAAACUGAAAGAGAAAGUUUACUUGUUGAAAUUGAUAGGUUAAAAAAUGAAAAUGACAAAUUUAUUAAUGAUACUAAAGGUAUUAAUGAAAAGUUGGAAAACAUAACAGUGGAGAAUCAGAAACUUUUGCAAGAUAAUACUGCCUUGGCAGAUGAAUUAGUUAAAUUAAAGGGAGAUAAUGCAACAUACCAGAGCCAGAUUGCUGAAUAUGAGGGUAAAUUAAGUGAAAGUGAAGAAAUACUUGAUGAAAACCAUUCUCUUCAUGUGCUAAAUGAUGAACUCAACAAUAAAAUCAAUAACCAGAAGGAUGUGAUAGCAACAUUGAAAAAUGAACUUGAAGUUUUGACAUUAGAAAAUUCACAAUAUGUUGGUCAGGUGGAGGUUUUAUCAAAUGGUUUACAGCAAGUUAAAACGGAAAAUAUUGACUUAAAUGGAAAAAAUGAAAAUCUUCUGAAAGAGGUCACACAGCUGAAAGAUAAGAUAUUGCUUUUAGAAGAAGAGAAUUUACAGAAUAGAGACAAUCAGUUAGUGCUGAAUGAGGAAAUACAAAAUUUAAGACAAUGUUUAGCCGAGUCCUCCCCUGAGCCAUCAGCUAAAGUGCCUGUACAAGUAACAAAUGUGCUGAAAUUAAAUCAGUCUUUAGACACUGUAAAAGAAGUAAAAUAUCCAGUACCAGAAGAAUUGGAAAUUGUAAAUGAAGAAAUGAUAGUUGCUCAGGAAAGCAAGUCUCGAAGUGAGGCAGCACCACAUGUGUUCACAAGUCGAAGGGAUGAUAAUGAUGUUGAAAAUGAUAAGAAUGAAUAUUCUGACAAUGGUAGACGUUUCAAAAAGAAGAAACAGUCUAUUGAUUUAAGUGAUUAUGAGUCAAAAAUUGUAGAAUAUGAACAUAAAAUUGAACACUUGAACAAUGUGAUUAUUGAAAUCCAAGCAUCAAAAUUUUCAAAUGAGGUUGUAGAAGGAGCUAAGCAAGUAUUAAAAAGCGAUCUUUCAAGUGAGACUGGUGAUGAGUCAGAUAAAAUGUCUGCUGCUGCUACUAACAUUGAUGACACUGCAUAUGAGUCUUUGUUCGGUGAUCAUGCCCAUGUAGAACCAGGGUAUUCUAAUUCUGAUGUAGACAUUCUUGCGGAGAGACUACAGAAUAUUCAGCAGGAAUUAAACACUGCAACUCAGAUGUUACAACAUAAAACCAAAGAAUGUGAAGAACUUCAACAGGAACUUCAUAGUGCUAAACAAAAACUGUUGCAAGACAAACCAGAAUCGUCAGAUGGCAGUGAAGGUGCUUUAAAUGAUAUUGAUAAUAUUGAGACUGUCAGUAAACAGACCAAGGUAAGUGAGACCUGUUCAGUUACCUGUUUGGAAAAGGAGGUUAAUAUGCAUGCUUCUUCCUCUUUAUGUUCUGUUCCGAAUGAUGGUGUUGUUACUAUAGAUUCUAGUUUACCUGGGAUUAUUUGUAAAGGUGAUAGUGAUUUCUAUGUUGACCAAGAUACAUUUCAGAAUGUGAAUGAAGAUAGAAUGGGUAUGGGAUUACAUUCAUCUGACCAACAAGGAGUAUGCUGUGAUAUGGAAGGACUAAGAACUGAAACUGACAAUGGUAUUCAUGAAAAUUUGUUAAGAGAAUUAGCAAAACUGAAAGAAAAUUUGAUGAUUAAAGAAAUGGAAGUUAUGAAUUGUAAAGAUACACUGGAACAAAUGAGUAACAAAAAUUCUGAUUUAAACACCUGUGUUGAAAAUUUGGAAAGAGAGCAAGAACUAUUGAGAACUGAACUUGAAUCAAAAGAUAAAAUAAUAUCAAAAUUAAGAAAAGAUCAAGAAAAUUUAGAAACUGUAUGUGAGCAAUUUCGAGUUAGAAUGAAAAAUACAGAUGAAAUAUCAACUGAAAGAGAAAAACAGGUAAAUGAGCUUACUUAUGAAAAUGAAAAAUUGUUGUGGGAAAGAGAUGAAAUGAGUCAAUCUUUGACAGAUACUGAAAAACAAGUGCUUGAUAUGAAAACUGCAAAAUGUGAUAUUGAAUUUCAAAAGAUGCAAUAUGAAGAGGAGCUUAACAGAGUGAAAGAGCGUCUGGAAUACCUUGAAUCAUCCGACAUUGAUAUUAUGGAAAUUAAAGAUAUGCUUGAAAAAGUUCAAGAAGAAAAAGAGAAUAUAUUGCGAGAAAAUGAGAAUCUAAAUGGAUCUCUUUCUGCACAAAUUGAAGAAAAUGAAAAAUUGUUGGAAACCAUGCAAUGUUUGCAAAAAGAAAAUGCUUCAUAUUUAGAAAGGUUUAAAGUUUCUACUAUUGAAUUAGAUGAUGUAAGCAAUGAACUUAGAGAAAGAAAAUUAGCUGUUGAAAGUCUUGAAGAAAAAGUGAAAAUAUUAACAAAUGAAAUGCAGUCUCAGCAUCUUAGGUUUGAGGGUGAAAUUGAAGGUUUAUUGGAAGAAAAUUCAACUCUAAAAACCAAUGUUCAGAUGAAAAUUGACGAAUGUGAAAUACUUAAAAAUGACAAUGAAAGAUUGCAAAGUUUUUUCCCUAAUAUUGAUGAAGAAAAUGGAAAUAAUAACUUACUGAAGACAAAAGUAAAUGAAUUAGAAGACAUUGUAAAAGAAUUGAAAUUUGAAAAUGAAAAUUUAGUUGCAGAAUUAAUGGAAAGUCAGAACAAAGUUUUAGAAGGUGCUGAAGAAAAUGAACUAUUACUUGAUAAAUGUGAGGAAUUUCAAAGGAUAAUUAGUGAGCUUGAUGAUGAAAAAACGUUGCUGAUAGAAGAUGUGGAAAGAAUCAGACAAGAAACAAGUACUAAAUUACAGGAAAGUAAUGCUGUGAUGGAAAAGUAUGAAAAUCAACUUGAAUCUUUAGACCAGGAAAACUCAACACUGAAGACACAAAUUUUAAGUCUUCAUCAAGAAAAGGAUGAAAAUGAAAUAGAUAAUCAUGAUUACAAGGAAAAAAUGAUUGCUCUAGAGCAAGAUUUGUUAAGUUUAGGAGAACAGGUUAAACAGUAUGAAAAUACAAUUGUAGAGAAAGAGGAUAUUUCAUUGAGGUUAGGAGCACAUAUUGAAGAACUUUUAAAAGAAAAUACACACCUAAAAGACAAGUGUGAUAGCCUUGAAACAGAUUAUCAUGAUGUAAAAGAAAGGGAAGCUUAUUUAAAAGAACAAAUGAAAAUUUAUGAAUGUGCUCUCAAUUCUGGGGAAGAAGGCAGCAGGCAAGAAAUCAAAGUUUUGAGUUCAAGGUUGGAAUUAGAAAGCAAAUACAAAGCGAAGUUUGAGAAGGAUUUAGAACAUUCACAGAAUUGCUUAGCCCAAAUAGAGGAAGAAAAUAAAAAGAUGAAAGAAAGGAAUACCAUGUUAGAAAAAGAACUGAAAGUCGCUAUUGACAGUAGAAAAGAAUCAGAAAAAGAUAAAGAGAAAUUGAGUUGUGAGGUUGAUAAAACACUUGGUGAAAAACAAAUACUGGUAAAAGAAAAAAGUGAAUUAAGAAACACCCUUAGUGAAGUAUCCAAAAGCAAUGAAAUGUUAAAGUCUGAAAUAAGUACCUUACAGCAUCAUUUACAGGCUAUUUCAGAUAACAGGACACAUAUUAGAAACCAGGUUGAAAUUCUUGCAGCCGAAGUUGAAAAUUUAAAUGACACUAAUAAUUCUAUGAAUGCCCACAUAAUGGAACUUAACUCUUGGCAAAGUUUUAAGCAUAAGGAAUGUGAAGAAGUCUUAGAGGAUAAAUCAGAGUUAACUGAGGAAAAUGCAAAGUUGAAAAAUAAACUUGAGACAUUACAGACAGAGAUUGAAAAUUCCAGGAAAGGUGCUACUGAACCUGAACACAGUCAACAUAUUAAUAUUAAUGAUAUGGAACAGGAAUUAAUUGAAUUGCACAGUGAAAAUGAAUCUCUAGUAGAUGAAAUAAAUGAACUGCAAGACAAAUUAAAUGAAAAAGAGGAAGUUAUAAAAGCUUUAAAUGAAACUAUAGAUGAAAAUGAAGCAAUAAGAUCAGAAAAUGAGGACUUGCAGCAGCAAAACAAUGAAUUGCAAAGCCAUUUUCAGUCUCUUCGUGAGAAGUUAACAAAGCUAGAUGAAUUAAUUGAAAAAAAUAAAGCUGCAGAAGUUGAUAAUGAUGCCUUAGGGGAAAGACUUGAUGUUCUUCAGAAAAGAAUAGUGGAAAUACAGAAGGAGAAGCAAGCACUUCAGACGAUGACAGAUGAUCUUACAAAUAUGUUACAUGACAUGCAAACAAAAUAUGAAGAAGUAAAAUCAGAAAUGGAGAGUACAAAGAAGAAAUGUGAUAAAGAAAUAAAUCAUUUACAAAAUCAGCUACAUGAAAUGAAUGAGGACGUAAGUGAAUUAAGAAAGAUGCUGGAUUAUAUGGAAAAUGAAAUGUAUAGUCAUGCUGAGGAGAAAUCUAUUUUGAAAGAAAAUCUGGAACAACAACAGUCUCAGUUUGUAGAAGUGUGUGAACAAAAACAAAAACUAGAAGAAAUUUUAAGUGAAAAACAGCAGAAAGAUUUGAAAAAUAUGCAAAUGGCUUCUCAAAGACAAAAGAAUAACAGUUUGAAUACAUCAAGAAGCGAAACAGACAUUCCAUGUAGCGUAAACAUGACUAUGGAUGAUAACCAAAGUCAGUGUGAACAAGAUUUACCAUGUAAUGAUCAAAAUGACAAUGAAAGUCAGACUGAAAUUCGGGAGAUGAAUACACAGCCAAUGGAAGAGGUUUUAAGGGACAGCACUGACAGUGAUUUUUCUGAUAUAAUACCUUCAUUUGAAAGUGCUUUUCAUUUAUUUGGCCUUGCUUCCUCUGAUGAAAGUGCUUCUGUAAGUAGAAUGGUUCAGACUAACAUAACAAUAAGAAGUUGUGAUGAUGUAGGCUUUCUGUUGGAUGAUGAUGAGGAAAAAACUAAAAAUGAUCAAGUAUUGGUUAAAAUUGAUAUUGAAACACAAACAGAUAUCGUUAAAACUUUCAAUGAAUUAGAGGUCUUUCCAAACAUUGAUAUUCCUGGAAAUGAUUCAGUAAUGGUUAGUCAAGAUCUUAGAAAUGAAACUGUUAACAUGGAGGUUUGUGAUUCAGAGCGUGUCAUUGAGAGUGAUAUAUUCUUUCAAACAAAAGAUUUUGCAAGUUCUGAAACAGGGGAAGAGUCUGAUACAACAGGAAAAGGCCAUGCUUUUAGUCAGAUUUGCGACACUACAGUUAAUAAAUGUGACACUGCCAGUCAGGUAGAUUUCGAGGUAGAGUCAAUUUCUUGCCAGACGGUUACUCAGCAGGUUCAAAAUUCUGAAAAUCAAAGACUUCUAAGUUUAGACAUAGAUAAUGAGGACAUGUCAGAAACGAUAUCAGCUAAUUUUUCGAUUCUUUCAGCUGAUAGCGGGAUACAAUCGGCUUGUCCUGGGGCAGAUGGGAGUAAUAUUCCAUUUCAGUACCCUGAUAGAAAUAAUAUGAAGAAUAUUGAAGAUUCAAACACUGAAUUUAAAAAUGAUGAUAAAGUGGAUGGCAUUGAAGUCAAUAACAGUGUUGCCAAACUAGAAUGUGUGGAAGAAUCUUCCCAAACUGACAGAGGUUUUGAAAGUGAACUAGAAAGUGCCAUUGCAGAAGUAAAAGAACAGUUAAAAAUUGAGUUCAAUGAAAAAUCAGUUGAAUUAGAGGCAGAAAUUGAAAGCAGAGUGUUGACAAAUUUAGACUCUAGGGAACAGAAAGUCCAUUUACUUGAAGAAAGUUAUGACAGAAAGAUAAAACAAAUGGAAUAUGAGAUUGAAGAGAAAUAUGAACAGAAGUUUCGGAUGAGGGAGGUUGAGAUUGCCUUUGAAGCUGAAAAAGAUAUAAAAGCUCAGGCAACCAAAGCUAAGAAUGCUGCUGAAAUAGAGAUAGAAAAAAUCAAACGUGAAAAGGACCAACAGUUUGUAGAAACUCUUCAGAAAGUUAAAGCAGACCUUAACAAACGGCAGCGUAAAGAGUCAGGAGAUAUGAGGAGGACAGUUUCUUAUGAUAGUUCAAGCGAAAGGAGAGACCAAGAGAUAGGGCCAGAGGGAGAUGCUACACAAAUGCUUGAUGGAACAUUCCAAAAGUUUGCUGAAGAUCAAGAGGAAAUUGCUUUAGAAAGAGAUACUUUGCUGAAACAGAUUAAAGUAACUCAAGCAGAACAGGAAGUACUUUGUCAACAAUUGCAAAGCAUUAUGGGAGAGCACAGCAAUAUGGGAAAUGACAAGCAAACUAAGCAGGAGCAAGACCAAUCAUGGUUAGACUGGGACCUUCAUCCGGAACUUUCUUUUGGCAGCAUGAGAUCUAGUUUGGAUACCAAAAGUUUGAGUGGCAGUCUGGAUCCAUCUUCAUUUUGUUCAAAUUCUGACUGUUUAAAUGUGAGAAUGAAGUAUGAACACCUAGUUGACAAGAUUCAACAGUUCUUAAGGUCAAGAUCAUUGCAAGAGCCAUCUGACAGUGCAGGACCAGUGGAAAGAAUUCCAACAGAUGGUGAUGAUGAUGAUGAUGAUGAUGAUGAUGAUAUAAGUAACAAUGGUGCUAAAUAUAAUGAUCGAUUUGAAGAAAAUGAUGAGCAUGAAAGUCAAAUGCUUCACCGAAUAACUUCAAUAGAUCUUGAAACUUUUGUAAGGGUUCCAAAACCAGCUGAUGCAGCUAAGUCUGGUGACCAGUUUGUAUAUGAGGCUGAUGAUAUAAAUGAUGACACUACAAGUACGCUUGAUUUAGAUAGAGAUGUAAUUGACAGAUUGGUCAGAGGAGAAUCUAAUAGUUCGGAAAAUGAAAGGUAUAAUGCUGAAGGUCGUUUUUCUGAAAAUGAAGAUUCUGAUGAUGACAGUGACAGUGAUAUUAUAGAAAGAAAUAGCGUUAUUAAGUUAAAUCAGUCUAGAAGCAGUGCAUCUUUUGCAGAAGAAGGUGGACUUUUUUGUCAGGAAGGAGAGUCUCAUGUAUUAUUGAGAAAAAAAAGGCAUUUUUCAGAUUCUGAUAUAAGGUUUGAUGGAAAAAGUGUUCAGAUGACAAUGUCACAGAGUGUAAAUAAUGAAGGGCGUUUUGUUCUUGAAAGAUUAGACUCUCAGGUAGAAAAACAUAACUUUGGGAAGGAAGAAAUAUAUACUGAUCAGUCAGGUGAGAAGAAUUCAAAUGAGGAUAGUGUAUUUGAAGAAAUGGAAGUUAGAAAUGUUUCGAAAUUGGCUUCAGAGACUAAAUCAAAUACAGAAAAACCAUACUUGAAAAAGUCUGAAAAAGACGUUGAUAAGUUCAUAGAUGAAAGUAAUGAUAACCAACCACCAGGGACACAAGAAGUUGUGAUGGGUGCAAGUUGUGAGCCUAGGACAGGUGAAGAAACUGGAGACUUUUUUGAAGAAAAGAUUGUAAGGUCAGUGGUGCUAAGUUCUAAGGCAAAGAAUAGUCAGGACACUGUUGCUAUGUCAGUAUCACCUAGAUCAGAACUAAGAAAUACUGAACAAAAUCUUGAAUCAGACUUGUCAACUGUAAAGGAGUACAAAAAUGGUCAACAGAGUUAUGAAAAUACAGUGUUUGACAUUCUGAAUUCCAUAUGCCCUGGUACAGAUCCUGGGAGAAGGCCUGGUGCUAAUGUUGUUAUUGAAGAUACUUUUCAACCUGUGUUAAAAGAAUUUGAAAAUAAAACGGAUGAAUUUAAUGAGUCUCCAGGCUCCUCUGAAUCUAAUCUUCAAACUUUGAAAGCAGACUUGAGACACAUGAAACUUGAGCUGAGAUCGCUUACAAAUGAAAACAGGGUGUUAAAAGAUACAAUAAAGUCAAAAGAGAUUGAAGCAAAAAAAGAUGCUGAGGUUUUGGUUGAGAAAAUAUCUGAAUUAGAAGAAACAAAUAGAGAAACCGUUUUGGGAAUGGAAAAUGCUUACAAAAAGUUAACAAAUUAUGAACAAGUUGCAGGGAAAUACAAAGAUUUAGAACAAAUGAAUAAGGAACUAUUUGAUGAACUGGAACAUUGUAGAGAACUGUUGUUACACCAUGAAUCAGAUGUUAAAACCAAACAGGACCUUUGUGAGAAGCUUGAAACAGUUGAAAUUGAAUUAGAAUGCAAAAGAAGUGAUAACACAGAAUUACAAAGAAAGUAUAGUGAAAUGGAAACAAAAUGUAUUAAAAUGGAGAAAUUGAGCAAUGAGAUUGCAUUGGAAAAAAGUGAAAUUUUGGCACAAAAUAGUAAACUUUUAUCAGACUUUGAAAUGUUUAACGAUUUGCAGGAAAGACUUAAAAGUGAAAAUGCAAACCUUAUACAUGAAAAGUCUGAACUUGAAGAUGAAAAAGAGAUUUUGAAGUCAAGGAGUGAAAACAAUGUAUCUUUACUAGAAAAACAAGAGGAGUUGAAAAAGAAAAUCACUGAAGUACAAAGUGAAAAGGAAAUGUUAGAAGUAGAAUUUGCAAAGAAAGCAGAUUUGAUUUUCAAAGAAAAAGAUGAACUAGAAAAGUCAUUACUUGAUCAAGCAGAUAUGUAUGACAGGAAAGAGGAAGAAAUCAAGAAAUUGAAAAAACAUCUUCAUGACUUAGAGAGAGAAAAUGAAAUUUUAAAAGAAAAGUAUGAAAUUGAAUUAAAUGAAAACAAAAAUUUAAAAGAUGAUCUCGAAAGAGAAAUUUCUUCAAAAAUGGAAUUAAUAUUAAAGGGAGAGAAAAUGAGUGAAGAUUUUGCUGAAAUGAAAUUAGAAUUAGAUACUCAAUGUACCAGUUUGAACAGUGAAAUUAAAAAUCUUAAAGCAGUUGUUGAAAAUUCUGAGAGUAGAUUAGAUGAAUUAAAACAUGAGAAGGAGGAGCUGAAUUAUUUAAUUCAAAAGUCUGAUGUUCUAAUGGAGGAAAAGGAUAAUCAAAUACAAGAGAAAGACAAAAUGAUAACAAGUUUGGAUAGUUCAAACCAGGACCUCAUACAUAAGGUAGAGAAAUUACAGGUUGACACCAUGUCAUUGCAGUCUGUUGUAGACGAAAUGACUGCAAAAAUAAAUGAAAUGACAAAAGAAAAUGAAAUAUUGCAAGACAUUGAAAAGGAGUCAACAGGUUUAAAAGAAAUGAAUGAGUCAUUGAAUAAUGAAUUGAUGAAAGUCAAAGAAAUAAACAAAGAAAAUGAAUGGGCAAUAAGUGAGUUGUCUGAACAGAUUGAAUGUCUUGAGAAAGAAAAAAUGAUGGAAAAUGAUAUUGUACAAACAUCUAUGAUAGCAAACAAUAGAACGGAUUUUGUUACAGGUGCUAAUCGACUUCCAGAGAAAAAAUUGACCAAAGAUACCUUUUCAAAUACAAAUUCAUAUGUUGAUGUUGAGAGAGAAAUUAAUAAAUUGAAUGAAACUAUAGAAGCUCUUAGGAUUGAAAAUGAGUCUUUGAAAGGAAAUGUUAAGAAAAAUUUAAGUGAUAAAAACAUUAAACUAGAAACAGGCACUUUGGACAUUGAAAAUGUUGAACAGAUAAACAGUGAAGUUACAUGUGCUGAAAACAUUGUACAAAAAUUAGAUGCUUCAAAAUUAGAAAGUGAAGUUUUGAACCAAAUAGGUAAAGAUGCUUCCAGUGAUGAAAACAUUAUACAUGAAUUAGAAUCUCUGAAAUUAGAAAAUGGUACAUUGAAGACUAGUUUUGAAAACAUUAAACAAGAGUUAGAUGCUUUGAAAUUAGAAAAUGAAACAUUGAAACGUAGUCUGGAAUUCGCAAUGGUGAAAGAUGAAAGUGAUACUGAUCUACAGAUAUUUGAAGACAUGAAAGAUGCUAUAAAAUCAAUGGAGACUGAGAGAACCUCAGUUGAGAAACAUGAAAAGGAAAUGUCUGAUAAUAUGGUGCACGAAAACAAAAGGUUAAGAGAUGAAAUUGAAGAAUUAUAUUCAGAAAAUGAUGAUUUAAAGAAAAGGCUUAAAAUUCAUGAAGAGUCGGCAAGAAAAGAAAAUGGCGAAAUUUUGAAAAUGUACAGCGAUUUAAGGAAUGAAGUUGAAAUUUUGGUUAUUUCAAAGCAUGAUUUGGAAGUGGAGUUACAUGCACUCAAGGAUUUACUAGAGCAUGAUGCAAAUCCUGUAUUUGAGAAAACAGAAUAUGAUUCCAGUAGAGAACUAACUGUAGAGGAUCUUGAGGAAAUGGAAGAACUUAAAACAAGUAUCGAAAAACUGAAGUCUGAUUUAAAAGAAAAAGAUACAUAUGUAAAGAAAUUAGAAGAACACUUGCUUAACUUGGACGGUAACAUUCCAGAUUUAAAUGUAACUCCAAAACCUUCAAUGAGUAGAGGAACACCUCUGAUGUCAAAGUCUUAUUUAAGAAGAGGACAUAAUUGGUCAUUAAAUUCAAACCGAAGAGCUUAUAGUCAUGACGUUCCUACGAUCAAAAUAGAUAAGGAGGUAAACAGAAAUAAACCAGAACUUGAAAGAUCACAAACUUUGGACACAUCUUUACAUGUUGACGAUCUUGAUGGAAGUAGAAAUUCAGAAAGGCAGUUUUGUAAAGGACUGAAGGCAAAGGAAAAAUUAACAAGCUCUACAUUAACAGAUUCAUUAGGAAGAUCAUCUUUCAGAGGGAGUGUUGAUGAGUCUGCAAGAAUAAGAUCAGGAUUGAAACCAGAUGAAGAUGGUCAUUUAGCAUUGGAGUUAAAGCAGUUUGAACUUGUUGCUGAAAUUACCAAACUAAGAAGAGAUUUUCGUGAAACUAAAGCAUUGUAUUCCAAAGAGACAGCCUUAUUAACAGAAGCUUUAGAGAAAGAAAAAAUAGCAAAUGAACUUAGGGGUAUGCAUGAUAUAUCUUUCGAACACAAUGUUGGAUCAAAUUUGUCUCAUGAUGUACUGAAAUUAAGGAAAGAGGUUGCAAGAUUAAGAGAACAAAAUAGAAUAUUAAGUUUGGAUUGUGAUAUGUGGAUAGAAAGAUUGAAAGAACAGGAACAUAUUGUUGCAGAUAUGAAAGAAAGGAUAAAUCAGAACACAAGUGGUUAUGGGGAAAUUGAAGAAGUAUUUGGUAGGCAGCUUGCUUUGUUACAAAAACAGAGAGAAGAACUUAUAGACAAAUUAAAAGAAAGAGAAAGAGAAAAUUAUUCACUGUCUGAAACCAUUGGUGAAAAAGGUAUAUUAGAAGAAACAUUAAGAAAAGAGAAAGAUGUUCUUGUAGCAAAAUUGAAAGAAAAAGAGAAAAUAGAGAAAGAGCUAAGUGAUAAAAAAGUAUUACUUGAGAAACAAGCAGCGAAACAAAAAGAAUUAGAAGAUAUUGUUUACCAAAAAGAUAUAAAUGAAAUAGAACUUAUGAAACAAAAGAGAAUUCUUGAAGAAAACUUGAGAGAAAUUGAAUCUAGAUUUAGAGACAAAGAGGAGAAUUUAGAUUUUGAAAAAAAUAAACUGCUGAAUGAAUUGCGAGAAAAAAGAACUAAAGAUGUCCGAUCUAGAUUUUCGGAGAGUGAUGAUGACGUGUCGUCUGUUUGUUCAGAAAGUGCGGCAUUCUCUGAUCGUAACAUAGGACGCUUAGAGAUCAUGUUAGAACAGGUGGAAAAACAGCAUUCUGUGGCUGUGAAUGUUUUACGGGACCAAUUACGUAUAAAAUAUAGCAAAAAGGAGAAAGAACUAAGGAAAGAACAUUUGGUUGGUUUAGAACGCUUAAAACAAGACAGCAGAAAUCAGCAUUCUGGGACCAAAUAUGCAAGCACCCCAUUAUUUCUUCAUGUAUUUUUGUGGCUUGAGAGUCUACGAGGCCAGUAUGAGAACCAGCUGGACAGUCUGCGUACAGAGAUUGACCGGUCACGAGAACGUCGUAACAGUAAGGAAGAUGAGGGCUCGGGUGGACAGGGUCAGGAAUCCGAUAUCACACAACAAUAUAGACAGGUAAAGGAAGAAAUAAGACGCAGCUUACCAGGUGAUCAGAAAGACAAACUAGACUCUCUUGUGUCAAGUAUGGAUGAACAAUACCAGGCACAGCUGGAGGACAUGCACAGACAACACGUGGACGACGUUGAUGAGCAAGUGAAGUCCAUGCGCUCCACAUUAGAGGAGAUUUAUAACAGUCAGAUGGAGAUUGUGAAAUCUGAAAUGACACAGUCUCAUGAGGUGGCCAUGAUAGAUCUACGUGAAACUCUGGACAAAAACCAUAAAGAAGAACUGAACAGAAUUGAACAAGAGUACAGCAGUAAACUUGAACAGCUUAAACAAGAUUAUGAAGCAGAGUUGAAGGAAUCCAGAAUCGGACACGCAAUAGUUAUUCAGACAGUUGAAGCAAUUCUUCCAGCUGAAUUUAAAAUGGGUAAUGCACCUAUCAGGCGAGAUUCCAUUUUCAUUGAAAGUAGCAUACCUCCAACAGAAAAUGUGCGAGCACUUAGCGAAAUUCCAGUUGAAAUAUUCUCCGAUACCGGAUCAUCGGGGACAACAACGCCACCUGUUGUCAUUGAAAUGUUAGCUUCUGGCAAAGAAGACAGUGAAACAUUUAUUUCCCAAUUAAACAAGAAAUUAACAGAGGAACACCGUCAAAUUAUACAGAACAUUGAGGCAGACGUGGAUACAUCUGUUACUCACCGUCACUCACAAGAUUCACAGACUGACGGUGUGGAAACUGCCAGCGUGGCCUCGGCACCUGUAACUAGAUCCGAGUACAAACAUGUAGCGGAGAAACAAGGUGUUCUGUCUAGGGCAGAAGAUGCACAGAAGUCUCUUGACAAACAGGUUGAGGAAAUAUCUGCUCUGAGAGCAAAGAUGCUCGGCGAGUACGAGCAGAUGCUGUCAGUGAGGGCCGAGGUUAUGGCCUCGCAGUCGGAGGAGGUCAGCAAGCUACAGGAGGAGAUGGCACAGAUUCAGCAGCAGUAUGAGAACCAGAUGGCUGAGUUCCAGUCUAAAGUUCAAUCCCAAACAGGAAAACAACACAAGAAUUACAACAAAAAUCUUAACAAUAAUGCUUGCAGUAACAGAAGUACAAUGUAUAAAGUGAAAUUUGUGGUGGAUAGAUUUCUGGAGGAAAAUAGAAAACGUAGGAAACUUAAACUUAAUGAAACUGCUCUGAAAUCUGCCCAUGAGCAAGAACUGGAAGAAAUGAAACAGUUUUACGAGACGAAAGUUGCUGAUAUGGAGGAGUCCUAUACCACCGACAUAGCUCAACUUAAACAAGAACAUGCUGAGCUUCUUGCCAGACUACAGCAGGAGUCCGGAACAGGCAUUGAGAUACCAUCACCACAGUCCCUAAGUGCCGGACAACAUCGCGAGUAUGUCAGGCGCACCACAAUGCUCACAGCAAUCUCUGAUGAAGAUAUGACACCUGAAUCUACCCCACCGGGUGGAAACAAAAUUCUGGAAGGAAGAAUUCAUACUCUUGAAGAGAAGCUAAAAGAUAAAGAAACAUUAGUUAAAGAGUUGAAAGGUAGAUUAGAAGCAGAAGCAACAAGUGCUGAAGAUUUACAUGGUAAGUUAUUAGACAGUAACAAGACACUGGAUGAUUUUGAAGAAAGCUUGAAAUCCAAAUCCGAUGAAAUCGAAGAAUUGAAGAAAUUGUUAAUCAAUAAAGAUGAAAAAAUAAGUAAACUUGAAAAGGCAGCUUUAGAAGAAAAAGGUGAAAAAGACAAAAGUGAAAGUGGUGCAGAUGAAAAUAAGAUAAUCAGUGAAUUGAAAGAAAGAAUUAAGAAACUAGAAGAAGAUCUUAGUGCUAGUAAAGAGGCAAAUGCCAGAAUUCAACAAGAGUUAAAUGAUCUUGAUUCACAGCAUGGUGAAGCUAUAAUGCAAUUGAAGGAGGAAAUGGAAAUCUUAAAUAAAGCCAAAAUAGCAGAGAUUGAAGCAGGCUUCCAAAUACAGUUAGAAGAAGAAUUAAAACAACAAGCUGAUGAAUUGGAUAGUAAAUAUAGAGAAGAACUUAGUAGGCAAACAACAGAAGAACUAGAAAUAUAUAAGAGAACUGAAAUUGAUCUCAGACAGAAAUUAAACAGCAUUCAGAAAGAACAUGAAUCCCAAAUUAAAGAAUUAAAGGAGAAAUUUGAAAUAGGUCUUUCCAGUAAAGAAAUCCAGGGAGGCAAAAUUGAAAUGAUUGCUUCUCCAACAGAAACUUUAGAUAGAGAGUCUUUAGAAGCAUCAUUGAGAAAAGAUGUAGAGUCUAGUAUACUUCAGGAAUAUGAGCAAUCAAUAGACAAAUUGAAAAAUGAAUAUGAGGAAAGAAUAAGUGAUAUGAAUGCUAGACUUAAGACUUUUGAAACACGGGAUACAGAAAAAGCUGAGGUAUCAGAUAGAGAAAAAGAUGCUAGUGAUUCGGAAGAAGAAAUGAGAGAGAAAUUAAAAGCAGAAUUAGCUUUAGAAUUUAAAGACAAAUUACAAAGUGUUACAGACGAGUAUGAAUCAAAAUUAAAAACAUUACAAGACAUAGUUGACAGUAAGAAAGAAAUAAAAUCCCCUUCCCUUGGUGCUCCAUAUGCCUUAUCUCGUUCCAGGUCUUUAGAUUUAAUGCCACAGAAGGAAAAAGAGAAGCCAAAAUCACAAACUGAGUAUGAAGGAUAUGUGUCUACAAUAAGACGUGAAUAUGAGGAUAAAAUUAAUUCAUUACAAAUGCAAAUUGCUCAAUAUAGAUCGACUGUAGGGUCAGUGCCUUCUUCACCUUUAUCCACUUUACAAAAAUCUCAGGUUGAUUUAGCAAGUGGUGACAGUCCUGUCAACACUGACACUGAACUUCAUUCAAUUGGUGGUAUUCAAAUUAAAUCAAAACUUGGUACGCCAGAACUAAGACAAGAAAUUUAUGAUGAAAUUGCCAGUGAAUUUGAAGCCUCUUUCAAAGGUUUAAGAACAAAUUAUGAAAAACAACUUGAAGAAUUAACAGCUAAGUUGGAAUUAUUGCAGUCUGAUAGUGGUAGUUAUGACAACAAAAUUAGGCAAGAAAUAGUGGAAGAAUAUGAAGCAAAAAUAGAAAAACUUAAACAAGAAUAUGAAGCUCAAAUCAGAGAACUGAAAUCUGAACAUGAAACUGAAGUUUUAAGCUUAAAUGGAGAUGUUGAAAAGGCAAAGUCUGAAGUACUUGCUGCUCAACAAAAGGUGAAAGCUGACAUGUUUGUAUGGCAUGAAGAAACUGUGACCCAGUUGAAACGUAAACAUGAGGCAUAUGAAACCCAGAUACGCAAGGAAUAUGAGGAAAAAAUGGAACUCUACAGGGAAGAGCUUCAAGAAGGGUUUGAUGCUGAAAAAGAUAACUUGAUCAGGGAACAUAAACAAGAACUGCUAGACCUAGAAGAUAGAUAUGAUAAUCUUGUUGAAGGUUUAAGAACAGGAGAAGUUCCAGAAGUAGCUGAGAUAGUUCAAGAGAAGUUUGAUAUGGAAUUAGAAAUGGCCAAAACUUUAAUACAACAAGAAUGUGAUGAAACUAUUGAAGCUGAACAGGCACGGUUGAGUGAACAGUUUGAUUCAAAAAUGAAGGAGAUUAUCAUUGAGAGAGACCGGGAACAAGAGAAUCAACGUGUACAUUACGAGAAAGAGAUGGCUGAUCUCCGUAACACUUUACUACAACAGUAUGAAGCUCAGGUUGUUGAACUAGAGAGUCAGCAUAAGGCAGAGAUGAUACAACUACAGGCAGCAUAUGAAAAACUUAUGCAAGAUGAUGCUGAAGUGGAAGAAGAAAAGGUUGAAAAGGAGACGGUGUCUCGGGUAAAAGCUGUUCUCCUACCUCAAGGUUCAAUUGAAUCAACACAUACUGAGGAAGGUGAAAAAGAUGAGGACUCUGAAAAGGUUACGACAAUGGAUUCAACAAGUGAUAAGUCAGAUAAAGACACUGAUGAUGAUGAUGACAAGGGUGAUGGAAAGGGUGGGGCUAGAGCAAGCCAAUCACCAAGUCAGUCUGCAGAUGCUGGAGAUAAACAUGAACAGGAAAGAGAAGGUGAAGGAGAUAAAACACAAGAUAGAGAUGAGUCUGGUGAUACCAAGGAAGAGGUCAGUGAAACCAUGAUCAAAGAGGUCAAGGUCAUGAAAGAAAAUACGGCACUUCUAAAGAUGCAGACAGGACAUACAACAGAGGACAGUGCUGUUGUUGAUAAACUUAGAGAAGAACUGGCAGCAAAGAUUGUAGAGUAUGAAUCCAGCAUUGCUCAGAUGAAACUUUUACACGAGGAGGAGAUCAGACAACUAACGGAGGAGUUGUCCGAGACCGAGGCUAAAUAUCAACAGAAGGUAUCAGAACUGGAGGAAAGUCAUGAACAAGAGGUGAAAGAUUACCAGGACUCCAUACAGAAAUUACGAGAAGGUCUAUCAGAUGAUGAUUCUGAUUCUGAAGCUCUCGAGUUAGCACAUCAACAAGAAUUACGGGACUUGGAAGAGAGACUGUUACAAAAACACAUGAAUGAGUUGAAUAAUUUAGAAACACAGCACCAGUCCAGGCUAGAUGACAUGGCUGUCAAAUACAAGAUUCAGAUUGAAGAUCUACAGAAGGAGCUUGUAGAAGCACAGAGAGCUAUAGAACAAUACCCUGACACAGCAUCACCUACCCAGACUGUACCUGUCUUCCAUGGUGAUAGCACAAUGGGAUCAACAAAAGAGUCUACUGGAGACUUCAUGGUACCAACAGGAAGUAGCAGGACGGAAUCUGAGAGGUCUGAGUCUCACGGUGCUACCAUGGAAACACAGAUAUUUGAUGCAAGGGAUGGGGAAGAUCGUUCUGAAGAAGAGGCCUCACAAGGGGUAUCCCUAAUAGAAACCCUGGAGGAAGUAGGUGUCCAGUCGUUAGAUACAUCAGUGAUAGAUACAUCAAUGGAUCAGUCUAGAGGUACACUGAGAGGUGUGGACACUACACAAGAUACAGAACUUAUCCAGUUCUCCGAGGAGGAGGAAUCGGAUAAAUCCAUGGAAGAAGGUAUAGAGACACAUAAGAGUGAUAGAAGUACACCUGUGGCUCUGAUGCAGACUCUAGGAUAUGGUACUGAGAUUCCAGGUGACCCGACAGUUAAAUCAUUAGAUGAUACAACUGACUCCUCUAUCAGGGCCUCCGACAAGGAGGAAAUGGCUUCUAGAAUAAGAGAGUUGGAAGCAGAGGUUGACGAGUUACGAGGACGUCUACAAGCAGAGUUAAGUAAACAGGAUGAUCAGAUGGAGAGAAUGGACCGAGAGAAACAGGAAGAGAGUAACUUGACAGCCAUGUUACGUGGCGAUAUUGAACGUCUUAACUCAGACAGGGACGCUCUUCAGGGCACAAAUGAGCACCUGCUGGGGUUGUUGUCAGACGCCGUGAAGACAUACAUGGGAGUGGAGGAGUCCAUCACCAAGAAGAUGAAAGUCAUGAUGGAAAAGUCCGGUGAUAAAUUGACAGUAGAUAAAGGUCAAGCCGGGACGGUGGAGAGAAAGAAGACUCCGCCCCCUGGCCGGAAAUCACCGGCAACAUCUCCCGGCAGGCUGAGUCCUGCCCGAGCUGACGAUGGUGAGACAGCCAACACUAGUAUUGUAUCUAAUGUCACAGAUGAAGGUCUCGACCUGUCACAACAUAUCUCUGAUAGUAUAUUCCAAGGUCCUGAACUCAAGACUGAGGAGGAAGAACUUCUUACAGAUUCUGGGAGUCGUUUACGGUCCUCUGUGAGCCACUUACUAGAGGUCAUGGAGGAAACCACAAACCAGCUACUGGAGACCCGCCAGUCACAGUCUGAUGCCAUGGACACAUUGGAGGGCAGAGGUCAUGACCUUGACCAAUUGACCUCUAGAUGUAAUGACCUUGAGGAGCGUCUGAAGGAGGAAGUGGAGCGUAAAGACUUCCUUGCUCUUGAACUGCACAAAGCAGAAGGUCUUAUCGAGGGCUAUAGCUCUGAGCGCGAGUCUCUUGAUGAAAGGAUUCGUGAGCUUGAAGAAGAUAAGGAAACCUUAGUGCUUGAACUCGAGACCACAAAGAAUAAGCUGUUAGACUUAGAAUCCAUCCAAACCGAGAAUUUACAGCUGAAGAAAGAAAUGGAGGAGCAACGAGAAUUGAUGACGCACAAUGUUGGAGAGGAAGCUCAAGCUACCAGGGCUGAAGAACCAGCGAAACUGCCACCUGGUGGCAACAAAGCCCUUAUGCUGGAAGUUACUCGAUUAAACUCAGAGAAUCGUGAAAAAGACGAACAAAUCAAGCAGGUUCAUGAGCGUUACGAGUCUCGCAUGCGAGAGCUGGAGACAAGUGGUGAGGACAUGGAAACACACUUGGGGACGAUCCUAGAGGAUAAAAAACAGGAGGCAGCUGAUCUGAAACUACAUGUAGAGGCACUGGAGAAACAACUGAAGGCCAAGAAACAGUUUAUAGAGGAACAAUCUGCUGAGAGGGAACAAGAGCAUGAGGAGUACCAGAAAGAGUUGGAGAAUUACAAACAGAUUAUACAUGAUCUGGAGAAACAAAACGGAACUGGUUCCAGGCUGCAGACAGAGAUUGAUGACCUGACAGAACAGUUGCAGGCUCGUAUAGAUCUACACAACCAGGCAUUACUGGAAUCGGAGAAGUAUGAACGUGAGAUACGUGACAAGGACCUCAGCUUGAAGGAGCUCAAGACAAUCAUACAGCAGUUAGAGCAAGAUCUUCAAGACAAAAUACAAGAGCUGGAACAGAAUAAACAGAAAUUAAAGAAAUUGGAAGAAGAACUAGCUAGGAGAUCGUACGAUGAAGAUCUCUCGGACAGUAAGUCUGAUGUGCAGUCGCCCAAGCCUGGCAGUUCCCUUGAGUUUGAUGGAACAGAAGACCAGACCAGGGAGAGACCCCCACCACAAAUGACAGUAGAAGAAGAAAUGAGACAGGCUGCUAACAAAACUAAAGAGGAGCUUGUACGAGAGAAGUUUACGUUACAGUCACAAGUGAAUGAUAAUCUUGUCCAGAUUUCUAGUCUACGUAAUCAACUUGACGACAUGAGGCAUCGUCGAGGCAUGGGUGAAAGUCCCGAUGCCAAUAAGAGGCUUGAAUUUCAACGAGAGAAAUCAGAGGAAAAAGAUAAACUGAUUGCAGAGCUCAAGUUGAGGGUUGAGGAGCUAAAUGAGACCAUUGAGAAUAGAGACCAGCAGAUUGAGCAGCUGAGGGAACGAAAACUGUCAAGGGGAUCACCUGUCGAGGGCAUAGAGUUUGAGAGUGACAGAGAAGUUGAAAAACAAAUGGAGGCUCUCAAGAGGGAAAAUAAACAACUCAGGGAGCGUGUGAAGUUGUCUGAGGCAUCAAGUAUAACAGAUAUAUCAGGACUGUCUCAGAACUUACUGGAGGAGAAGAAUCAGGAAAUAGAUCAUCUGUCAGAACAAGUCCUCCGUCUACAGUCUGACUACAAUGAUCUGAAGGCAGAGCGAGGUGUACAAAACCUGUGUGAAGAGUUAGAAGAACUGAGAGACGAACUCAAACAGAAAGAGAAAGAGAUAUCUGAGUCUGUCCGCGUGUCUGCUGCAUUCACUGAUCAUUCACUAACACCUGAUUCUAGCCUCAUGAAUGUAGGAGCUUCAUUCUCAGAAAAGGCAAGUAUCCAACAAGAAAUGGAGGAAUCUGAGGCCUCAAGGCUGGAAAAGAUGAUGAGUCUCGAGUCAGAAUUAGUGGCCCUUAGAGCAGCUCUUAAUGACAAGGAGGAGUAUUUAGUCACUAUUCAGACAGAGUUGUCUACCUUGAAGGAAGAUCUUCAAGGGAAGGAUGAAAUGAUCCUCGCACUUCAAUCCAAACCUGAACAGGAUUUGAUACCAGGAUUACCUGAUGACGUAGGUCUGUUACAGUCUAUGAUACAGGAGAAAGAGGAGCUGGUAACACAGCUUACAGUACAGGUAGACUCCCUACAAGCCGAGGUAGAUAACCUCUCCGACUUCCAGUAUAAGUUACAGGAAGAUUUUGAUACUGUUCAGACAAUGCUAGAGGAGAAAGACAGAGAGAUAGAAUCAUUGACCAAGGAGCUGACCGAUAGAUCACCCACCGAUGACCACUCACUUGUAAUAAAACACGAGGUUGAGAUAGCGAGACUGAAGAAAGAUCUCAGAGAAAAAGACAAUGUGGUGGAGGAGAAGUUGGAAGAAUUGGCUGAGAUGACAGAUAAAGUUGAGCUUCUUGAAACAGAGGAGGUUCCACAUUCCAGUGGCCUUGAACUUUCGCACAUUUCCAAGUACAAAGAACAGGUGAGGGAAUAUGAUGAUCAAAUUCUUGCCAAGGAAAGGGAACUGAAGAAUGUCAAGAAACAACUUGAUGCUGCCAUACAGAAUUCCACUGCAUCUCUCACAGCUGAUGAGAAAGAUAAAAUUAUCACAGAAAAGACAAUUGAAAUUGAACGGUUAAAUAAAGAGCUUGAAACUGCUGCCCUUGGCAGACCUCCUUCACCCCCACUGUCUCAGGAUGAGAAGUCCCUGCUUAUCACAGAGCAGAAAGAGGAGAUCAUGUCGUUAAAGGAACAUGUACAGAAACUGCUGGGAAGACCACCUUCACCACCACUGUCUGAAGAUGAAAAAUCUGAAACAAUAAAGAAUCUGAAGGAAGAGAUAGUAAAAUUGUCAACUCAGCUUGAGGCAGCUUCUUUAGGUCGCCCACCUAGUCCCCCUAUAGAUGAUGAAAGUAGAACAACUGAUGUUGUUUUAAGACUACGCACAGAGAUAGAAAAAUUGAAGCAACAGAUAAUGGAUGCCAACCUGUCAGAGGAUGAUAAAUAUUUGCUAAUCAGGGAUCUCAGACUUGAAAAUGAGACAUUAAAGAAGCAAAUUGAUGCUGCUCUGAAGAUAAGACCACCAUCUCCUCCAAUGGACGAUGAUGAGAAAAGUGAACAUAUCUAUGAGCAGAAGAAAGAAAUUGAAAGUCUUAAAAGUCAAUUACAGUCAGCUCUGAAAAUUCAACCACCACCCCCUCCAAAAGAUGAAGAUGAAAAGUCCCAAGUUAUACAACAACAAGAGCUUAUUAUUGCACAGCUGAAAUCACAAGUUGAAACACUGCAAGUGGAGGAAGCCGAGCAGUUUAAGAUGGAGCUUGAAAGCCAAAGUUCUACUUCAGUUAAAUCUGUUAUCAUUGAAAAGGACAAAAUGAUUAAAAUGAAGUCCAUUGAAUUGGAAAAAGCUGAGGAAAAGGUUCAGAAACUUGAAGAAGAAUUGGAAUCAGCUAGGGAGGUCCGGGCUUAUGAAGAUGAAAUUCAGCUUAAAGAAAAGGAAGAUGAAAUAGAAGAAUUGCAGGCAGAGUUAGAAACCUAUAGGAGUAGAAGUGAAAGUACCUUUGGUCAGAGUAUUGAUCUAGAAAUGUCAUUGAAUGGAGGUGGUGAGGCUUCUGAUUCUAAACAACUUGUCAAAAGUUUGUCUUUCUAUAAAGAACAAUAUGAGGAAAAAUGUUCAGAGGCAAGGCAGGUACAGGUUCAGCUAGAUCUUGUGAAACAACAGCUUGAAAAAGCUAGAAGUGAUAAACUUGAAGAUGCUCAAGAAGAGAUUGAACUUUUCAAGGCAGAAUUAGAAAGAAAGAAUUCCAGUGAAGUGAAAGUUCUUAAAACUGAAAAAGAGAAUAUACAAAAAGAAAAGGAUGAACUGAUAAGGGAAUUAGAUUUAGUGAAAGAAAGGCUUGAUCAGAGUUCAGAUGAGCAAGUGAAAUCAAUUGAGAAAGAACUUCAGUUGACAAAAGAUGAGCUGGCAAGGGAGAGAAUGGACAGUGUUCAAGCAAUCAAUGAUCUCGAAAAAUUAAGAGAAAGAAAAGAAAAAGAAAGACGUGGGAGCAUCAAAACAAUCCAAGAACUGGAGCAUGAUUUGGAGGAAAAAGUCAAUAAAGAGAAAGAAUUAAGUAACCAAAUAAGACAUUUAUCUGAAGAAUUGAACCUUUUUAAGAAACAAUAUGGAAUUGAAGAAAAAGGUGCCAGUGGUGAUUUAAGUAGAACCAGUCCAAAAUCAGGUGAAUUAAGAUCUCAGGGAUCGUUUGAACUUGGUACAGAUGUUGAUACACUUCAACAGCAGGUUCUUCAAUUUAAACAGCAAUCUGAUAAAGCUAAGGAGAUUCUAUCAGAGAAACAAAAGUAUCAGUCUCAGGUUGUAAAAUUGGAAAUUCAGCAAGAGCAGUUACAGAAGAAAAUGAAGAAAGAAGUGGGUGAGUUAGAAGAAAAGUUGAAGGCAUUCAAUAAGCAACCAGAUUAUGAUGUUUGGGAACAACUUAAUGCUACUCAAGAAAAACUUGAGAAAACAACAGAACAGUUAACAAAUACAGGACAACGAUUGAAUGAAACAGAUGCCAAUUUAAACCGUGUUAGUGCUGAUCUAGCCUCAAGAGAGGCAGACUUGAGAGAUCUGCAGCAAGAGCUGUGGAAGACUUCGGGACAAUUGUCAGUGACCAGUGGUAGGCUUCAGGAGACAGAAGAGAAGUUGAGACAAACAAUAGGUCAGCUGACAGAGCGUGAGGAACAGAUACACCAACUACAAGGUGAACUUCAACAUACUCAACAUGAAGUAGAAAAGGUCACAAAGAAAUCUGAGGAGAUGCCAGAUGUAAAACCAGGUGAAAUUGAGAAACUUCGUAAACAGUUGAAGACAUCACAGACAGAGCUUGAGGCAGUUAAGAAGAGCCUGAACGAAGCUGUGGAGAUGAGUGAACAACAGUUACAGAUGGUUGAAAACAAGGACCAGGAGUAUAUGAAGCUUAGACUUGAUAUACAGCAAACACUCUCUGAUAAGGAGAAAACUAUCCGAGACCAGAGAAAUAAACUUAAAGAAAAGGAACAAGAAGUUACCAAGUUGAAACAAGAGGUUAAAGGGAAAGAAAGGGAGGUAAUCAAAAUUAGGCAAGAAAUGGACGAGGACAGUUCAACAUCUACUAUAGCUUCACUCAGGUCACAGUUACAGAGCCAGGAGGAGAUGAUAUUGAAUUUAGAGACAGAUCUCAGGGAAUCUCAAUCUGCAGUUGAAGAACGUGAUAAAGAUAUUGAAAAUAUCCAUAAAACACAUAAAAAAUCUAAAGAUGAUGAGGCAGACACUAUUCAAGCUAUGCAUAAUCAGAUUGCUGAGUUACAAACAGAACUACAAGCUCUCAGGUCAGUAACAAAGGCCCAAGGUCAGCCUCAAAGGUCACUGGAUGACCUUGAUAGAGAGCAUGGUCAAGGUGAUGGAAGUGGACAUGAAACACCUGGAACUUCAAGCAGUAACAGAGACCAAACUCUAAGAGAUCAACAUGCCAAGGGAAAAUCAGAUCAUUCUUACACUCCUGGCGGGUUUGUUGUAAGUGACCAAGAGGACUCUGGCCAUCAGUCUUUUGGGCAUCAAAGCAGAGAUCCACACUUCAGUCCUGAAGGUCAAAGUCUAUCACCAAGACAACUGAGACCUUAUGCUGUCCAAGUUAUUGCAGAGGAUAUGCAGAGGAGUGAAGCAAGUCAGGUUCAUAGUUCACCCUCUGGUAGCCGCACUGUAAGUAUUGAUUUAGGUCAAGGUCAUCGGUCUGGCAGUGGAAGCAGGCCAGGAAGUGCUCAUACAGCCAGUUCUAGAGGAAGUUCUAGACACUCAAGUCCACAUACUGUAGGUACUCAGGACUUUAUUGCUCAAGCUUACAGUCCACCAACAAGGGAUAGCCCACAUUCUCAAUCAAGUCAAAAAUCAUCCACAAGAGCUUCACCAGUUGAAGCACAGAAUGAGCAGAGAAUUGAAAGUCAUAGAUCACCAAGUAGAACAUCUGAACAAUUAGAUCAGAUAGGUGAAGGUACAAGGUCACCAAAUGGAAAUAAAAGGUCAUCGGGCAGUAUCUCACCAAAAUCAGGUCAAAGUGACCUGAGAAGUGAAGGUCGCCAUUCCACUUCAUCAAGAAGAAGUCCUGCAUUUGAUGGUGAUGGAGAAGACUUUGACAGAAGGGACCAACAAAGGGUUGCUGCUGAAAGGCAAACUGUAGGAGCAUCCUUUACAAUUGAUGAAGACAGACAGGUUUACCAAACAGCAACUCGAUCUGAUGGGGGUGAGAACGAACGAUAUGUUAAUGAAGAUGGACAAUUAUUUGACAGAGAUGGAAAUAUUAGACCACGUUAUAGCCAUAGUAGUGGAAGUGGAACAAGUCCAGGUCAUAGCAGGAGAGGUCAUAUUGGUUCAUCUGAAGCUGAAAGAGCUGAAUAUUUUCAGCAGCAUCCCAGUGAAGGUCAAGAAUCACUCCAUUCAAGGUCACAGACCAGUCAAGGUCAAGGUAUGGGUGCUGGUGAAGGUUCAGCCUCAGAGGCUGAUAGGUAUAUUCAACAGUUAAGGAGAGAACUUCUAAUCACUAAAACAGCAUUGAUGCAAAUCCAGAGAGGAGAGAGGCUUGAUGAGGAAAAUAUAUCACCUCUUGACCUUGAAGAAAUAGAAAUAGAGGACAGGUCAAAUAUAGGUCGUGUUGAUAGAGCAUUGUUAACAAAACCUGACAGAGUAACUGAUCAUGAUGAAUUAAGUUAUGAUACAUUACCUAGUGAAGAAAAUCUGAAUAGAUUAAAAAGAAAACUAGAAAGAGCAGAGGAGGAAAUUCAACUUUUUAGGUCAUCGUCAAAUCUCUCAGCGCGAGAUUUUGUGCAGAAGGUGAUGAACUUAAAAGAUGAGUUAUCUAAUGAGCAUCAGCGACACAUUGAAGAGAUGACAAAACGUGCACAUCACGACACUGAGACUCAACUGGCCACAAUGCGUAUUAAAUAUACGGACGAGAUCGAGCACAUCAAGAGGAAACACUCUCGAGAGCUGGAGGAGAAGUUGCACGAUCAGAAGAACAAGAUGGAGAGGAAACAUAAGAGUGAGACAAAUAAACUCAUCCUAAAACAUCAGGAGGAAGUUGGUGCUCUCAAGUUAAGAGCUGGAGAAGAUAUUGAUGACACAUUAGUAAGUGAUCGGCAGCAUAGACUGAGACAAGAAGGUGUCGGGGCAGAUCAUGGAAUGAUGAACGGACAUGGUGCCGGACCUAUGUCUCACAAAUUACAGGGUAUACUUCAAAGAUUACACAGUGAAGGUGUCCAGGUUCUCACAAUCUCGGAGCUAGAACUGUUGAAUCGUAGCCAGUCCCAGGCAUUACCACGUGAUGCUGACAUUGAGUCAAUGCAGGCUGGAUGGGAGAAUGAACGUCAGACAAUGUUAUCAACAAUACAGUCAUUGAAGGACCUCCUCUCACAGACACAUAAACUUCGAGGACUUGAUAAGGAUGAUGAUGAUGACGAUGAUUUGAGUUUGGAAGGCUCUGAUUGGAGGGCUGAGUUGUUGCGUGCUAUUGGUUAUGUGUUCACUAAGGAACGUGAGACACUAUUGGCUGAGUUGAGGUCACAUGUCCUAUCCCAUCCUUCCACCAAUCUUGAUGAAACUCAAAGACUGGAACAGAAAAUUAGAACAAUGGAGUCCCAUCAUCAUGCAGCUUUAGAUCAGAUCUUCAAUGCUGACCGCCAGUCAAUGUUGGCCGAGAUUCGAGACUUACGUGCUCACGCGACCAUAGCUCGCAUGCAUCACCAGGAAGAGAGAGAUAGGCUGGCUGACAAGGUGACAGGCACAGAAGAUCUUUCCGUGAAGAAAGAAAGGCAGUUGAAACGUGAAGACUCUGAAGAUACUGACUCGGAGUAUGCAGAUUUACCAGUACAACCAGAACCUGUUGAUUUUAUAUCAGCCGGAGUUCAACUUCUGGAAUUUAAGAUCCAGCAAGAAAAGGUCUUACAAGACGACUUGCGCACCAGUCUGGAUUCUGAGCGCAACCGAAGUGGCGAGCUGUCUGGCUUACUGAAUCAGGAAAAAACGAGUAACCUUGACCUUCAGACUUCAGUCUCGGCACUGCAGACACAGGUCUCGAAACUACGAGAAAAUCUGGAGAGGGAGCAGAGUAGAUAUGUCUCUGUAACAUUGAUGUGGAACUCCUUAGUAAAUGCGUUGGAAGAAGAGAAGUCAAAGUCCCUUAACUUAUCUGAUCUUCUUGAGUCUGAGAGGGAGACAUUAUGGAGGGUUCAAGCUGAGUUGGAAGCCCUAAAACAACAGCAAGUGUAUGCCGAUCCUAGAGCCAUUGAGCAACUUCAGGCAGAUUUAAACAACGAGAGAGAACGUCGUUGUCAGGCAGACAGUCAGCAUGAAAUAGACAUGGUAACUAUGGAGAACUUACGACAAGAGGUAGAAAUGGAUAAACGUCGACUACAAGGAAUAGAAUCAGAACUCGGAGCAAAAGUAUCACAACUUCAACGCAAUUGUGAUAUGGAGAGACAAAAAAUUACAGAGAUAAAUAGAGCUCUGGACAGAGAACGGUCCCUGUCGGCACAUUUACAGCAAAGUCUGGAGGCUGAAAAGUCUACGUCUGAGAGAAAUACUCACCAAGACCAGUCUAUGCUAGAAGACCUUCACAUUCAGCUUGAAACUGAGCGAGCCAAUCUAGACGACCUUAACCGUGCCCUGCAACGAGAACAGAGAGCAAGAGAAGAAGCUGAGUCUGAGAAAAGCUUGAUAAAAGAUCAUCUGAAUCAGGAAAGAGCUUUGAAUGAAGAUAUGAAACAUGAUCUGGAUAAGUUACAGUUUGAACGUCUAGAGGCUGUGAAUCAACUCCAGAAAGAACGGGAAAUGGUGACACGUAUAAAGUCAGAACGUGACCAGAUAAACGAGGAACUGCGUAAGAUGAAAUCACAGGAAUUACAGACAGGUAGUGACCGUGAGGCAGAGAGAUUGGCCAGUAAGAAAUCUGUCAGAGAUGCUGAUAGACAGAAGGAGGAAUACAGGAUGAAAUUGCAUGAGCAGGAGUUGGAGACUCAACGUCUCUCACAGAAAAUCACCGGCAUGCAAGAACAGUUGGCAGAGAGCCAAGAAAAUGAAUUAAAGGCAAUAAGAGAAUUGGAGCAAUUAAAAAUAGAAACUAUGCAUCCUGAAGAACAGAUGGUAUCAGUUCAGACGUCCCCUAGACCGGACUUCACCGAUGGUAUGUCACAAGAGUUUGGAAGUGGGCGUGGUGAAAAUUGGCAUGUAUACAGGUCGCAGCUGGAGAGUAUGUGUCAGAGUUUACAUUACCUUAUCCUUAGAUGUAGAGAACAACUCAACAAAACUACACACAGCGGCAUUAGACAGGCUGAUUUGUCAGACUAUGAUGCACUCCAGAAGUCUUUACGUGACCUUUUAUCGGAGGUCAAACAGCUGCAGGAAAUGGAAGGUGAAUAUAUGACUCAUCCCUCGGGCAGUGUGAAUGAGAGAAUCCUCCGACAAAACGAGGAACUGACAAACUUUGUUGCUAGGAUCAGUGAGGAGAAGACAGAGUUACGUAACACACUAGGAACAUUGGAGGAGGAGAUAUGGAGAUAUAGACAGAUGGACUCUAAAUAUCAGGAGAUGCAGAGAUCUUCUAGUGGUGUAGAUCAUCAACUUAUAGCUGAAAGAUCCGACUGGGCCAAAGAAAAACUUUCCCUACAGAUGGCGCUAAACUCUGCAGAAAGGGAAAUUGAUCUGUUGCAGACGGACUUGCGUGUGGAACGUGAAAGACGAGUGGCGGCCGGUAUCACGGAGACAAAAGACAAUGAUAAGAUUAAGAUUCAAAGACUUUACGGAAAAUAUUUACGAGCUGAAAGUUUCAGAAAAGCACUGAUAUAUCAAAAGAAGUACUUGCUUAUCUUACUGGGUGGUUUCCAAGAUACUGAGGAAACAACAUUGGCACUGUUGUCACGUAUGGGAGCAAUGGAUUCUAAUAGACCAAAUGGUUGCAGAAGACAUACCAAACCAUUGACAACUUUUAGAGGUGCCGUCAGGGUCGUAAUUGCUAUACAAAGGAUGAAGUUUUUGGUAAAGAAAUGGAGGCGUGCAACAAGGGUUGGUUCAGAAGUUGUUGGAGGUACUGUAGAUCAGAAUAACGGGUAUGUACCACAUUCCAAUGGAUAUUCCCCGGCAAGAUCAUCACCACGUGUUUCAGCUAUUCCAGUGAGAUCAGCGUCAUCAUCGCCUGCACGUGCCAUGUCAUAUCGCCAUCAAUCACCGUCACGUGCCACAGAACACGCCGUGUUUCUCAGUCCAAGGUUUGACAUGGACUCUGUUUCAUCGUCAUCACACACGUCUCCUAGAGUCACCACACUAAGUCAUGUUCCAUAUACCCCACCCACCAAGGAUUACAGUAGUACAACAAAGUAUUCCUCACCUUCAUCUGGUGCUAGAAGAAAAAUCCUGACCUCAACAAGUAUUCCAGCACCGAGAUCUGGUCGUGUAAGAUUCACUUCGGACGAGCCAAAAAAUGGUGAACUUGGGGAUAGUGAGGAUUAUAUUCAUAGAUUAGAAAACUUGCAGACUAGGCUAGGAACUUUGCAGAGUGAAUAUAAAUGGCUUGCUGGAGAGAGAAACUUUAUUGUUAAGGAGAUACUCAUUUAAGGGUAGAAAGUCCAGCUACAGACAAGCUUGGAGGUAGAGCUACACAUGUGUUCAGCAAACCAAUGGUGUGCCAUCCUGUCACAUGACCAGUGUGCCAAGUCAGGAGGACCAAUCAGAAAUGAUCAUGUGACUGUUGAUCAUGUGACUAAUAGAAAAACUAAAAAUAGACUGUGAUAUUUAUAGAAGGAAAAAUAGACACUUAAUUUGAUUGUGUUUAGGUGCACUUUGAGUGGUUAGAAUGUUUUAGGCAACAGAAGGUGAAGGUUUCAUAUAUACAUGGAUUGUAUUAUGACAUUAUUUUUAACAAAUAGCUGACUUAGUUGUGUGCUUUUAUAAAUUGUCAUUUAUGAUUAUAAAAAUGCAAUUUUAUCCAGUAUUGUAGAUUGAUUUAGGGGGACCAGAAAUAUUUGUUGUUACUAUGAAAGGAACAGAAACACUGCCAAUGUAAACUUAGUGCCAGAGAAUUCUUAAUAUGUUUUAAAUUUGUACAGCUGUGUGACAAUAUUUUGUGCACAAAGUUUGUAAUGUAUUUUAAACAAGUAAUUUUUUGCUACAACUAUUUUAAAAAGUUUUUUUUUUGUAAAUCUCAUAGAAUUGUAAAUCUCAGUGUUUGGUUGUAUAUUAUACAAGUUUGUUAGUAAUGUCUCAGAAUAUCCGUCCAAAUGUUUCAACAUAUGCAGCUAUAUGUUUUUAUGAUAUGUUUUAGUGGUAUGUGAAAUUAGGCUGCGGCCUGAUCUGGACAUAUAUACACACAUUAAGGCCUAAAUGUUUAGGCCUAUUAUACAAUACUGCUAUCAUUAUAAAUAUAUUAUUGCAUACUUACACAUUAUAUAAUGUAUGAUAAUUUGUAAUAAUAUGAAUAGGGCAUACUAUAUGUAAGUUAUUACAAAAUGUUCUAAAUUUUGUUAAGAAAAGUUAAAAUAUUUGAAGAUAUUUUAUGAAAAUUUAGGCCUACCAUUUCUUGCAUUAUUUGUUUUUCACCUUGUGACAUUGUUAAAAUACCAUGAUACAUGUUACUGUAUGAUGAAAAAAUAUUUUGAUUUUUUUUUAAAUGGGUGUUAAUAUUGGCUAUAACGUUCUGAUUGCAUAGAUAGGUAUAAAAUGUAAACUUAACAGAAGCUAUCUAGUCGCAGCAACUGUGAUGUAGCCUAGAUAUUAUUAUAAUAGAGGAUCUGUGUACGUUGAAAGCUUAUGACCUUAUAUUAUAGUGGUCCACACUCCAAACCCACACAAUUCUUUAGUUUUAUAAAAACUGACCAUAUUUAUAGUAACAGUAGUAAAAUGAGUUUAUUUUAUCAUCAAAUAACUCUGAUAGAAUUGUUAUACUUACUCAUGCAUUAUAGAUUUGUGUAAAUGUACAUAGAUUUUAUACAAAACAAAAUUAAUUUAUUCUUGUAUAUAAAUUGCACUCAUGUAUGUGAAAAAUCAUAGUGAUUCAAUGAAAAUGAUCAUGAAAAAAAAAA